UGUUGACGGUGUCGUGACGUAACGCCCGUGACGUUCCUGUGGCAUACCCGACCCCGAGUCCGACUUGAGCAGCAGGAAAGCAUCAGACGACUCUCAAACAUGGCUUUAAAUCGGAAUCACUCGCAAAACGGCGGCGUUGUGAUAAGCAACGGAGAAAGUGUUGUAAGGGAAUGUAAGAAUGUGGAGCUGUCAUUCAGCGAUGUUGCCUGCAAGACAGACCUGCUGAGGGGGACUAAGAAGGGCACCGUUUACCUCACGCCAUACAGGCUGGUGUUUGUUUCCAGUAAUACCAAGGAUUGCCUGGGUUCAGCCAUGUUCCCCUAUUAUCUGAUGAAGGGCUGCAGCAUUGAGCAGCCAGUCUUUGGGGCCAACUACAUUAAAGGAACAGUGUCCGCUGAACCUGGUGGUGGCUGGGAGGGCCAGGCCCAUUUCAAGAUGUCAUUUCCCAGUGGAGGAGCCAUAGAGCUGGGACAGGAUCUCUUCAAACUGGCCACAAAUGCUUCUCGUGCUGCUCCUGCACAAAACGGUGCUGCCUCUUACGGCUAUCCUUCACCUGGAAUGAUGAAUGGCUACGGCCCACCUCCGCAUGCUCCUCCCGCCUAUCCUUACCCAUCCCCUCCCCAGCAGAAUGGAUUCUACCAGGGCCCUCCCCCUGCUGCUGGUAACAUGGGCUACCCCUGUCCAACAGCCACUGCAGGAAUGUACCCAUCUGGUUUUGACUACAUGGCCCCACCUCCUCCCUACCCUGGGCCACCCCAAAAUUGGACUGCACCGCCCCAGAACUGGACAGCAACACCGACACCACCUCCAGGUAACUCCAAGGCAGCUGAAGCAGCAGGCAGUGCGUACUACAAUCCCAGCAAUCCACACAAUGUCUACAUGCCCACUGAAAGGCCUCCACCAUAUGCACCUUAUCCAAACUCUCCUGACAAGAAAAGCAACUGAGACUCUUGCACUUCAAUGACACUCCUCUCUCUUCCUCUGUAUCUUAAAUAUAUUCUAAAGCCAGGAGUAAUGUUCACGGAUACCUACUUGAUUGUAGAAUAUAGAAAAGAAAAUGCAAGUAAUAGAGGGCUCAAAGAUGUCAGUGAUAAAUCACCAAUGAAUCAACAACAUUUUGGAUACUGGAAUAGCUCAUUAAGCAGUCACAUAUAUUAAAUAGAGUUUUUCCCUUUUACAUAAAUUCACUUAAAAUGAUUGAUGGCUUGGACCUUUUCUGAGACUCGUCACUGUUAACAUUCUGAGUGACUGGAUUUAUUUACUCUGUCUGUCUCUAACAAGGUAAUGGGAACCUAAACUGUCCUUGUUAAGAGCUGUAAGGAGGAGGUAGUAUGGGGAAUGUAUUUUUAAAGAUGGAGAUUUAUUACCGAAACUUUUUGUAGCAAUUUCUUGAUUGCACUUCCUAUAGUUAUUAACAAUACCAACUCCUAUUAACACAGGUAUUUUUGCAGUAUCACUGAAGGUACUUUGUGUAUUUCCUAUACAGUUUUGUGUUGAGUAGUAGUUGUCCAUAUACAAAACUAGAACUGGUUGUUACUGAACAGUAAUACAGUGAGUUAAAAGUUUCCUUCAUAUAUGACCAAUGUGAUCCUGCACUGUCAGUCACAUGACAGUAUAAGUAAUUCCACUCCGUUGUAUGACCUAAAUCUCACAAAUAACAUAUAUAUAUAUAUAAUGGAGGUUUUUGUUAUCAAAAGGAGCAGUGCAGUGUUUGAAAAGGGGGAAUAGAUAGAUUUCUCACAUUACAAAUCUCUGUAUGUGCAAUAUUUCAACCUUACAUUUACAAGGUUAUAGGUGACAGGCUGAGGUCACCUGAAUAACCCUUUCUCUAGUCCUAGCUUCUGUUGUAUUCAUGUAUGCAGAGCCAAGCUGAAAUCAGAACUCUAUUGAAAUUUCACUAAUGUAGGGUUACAGGGCCACAGCAUUACAUUAAGGGCCCAUCAGUGUUUUGCCUGCUGUUGAAACUUCUGAUUUAUUCCUGAUUAAAGUGGGGUGAGGUGUCAA